AUUUCACUCCUAUUUUUGUUCAUCAGUGGCUACCUCUCGUUUAAUGUAUUUUUGUCCGUCUCUCACUUCUUCUUCAUGCACUGACAACUUUCAAGUUGCUAGUUUCUGCUGGUCUUUAUGUACAGUAUAUUGUUCUAUUCAUCUAUUGUCGGGUAUCGGUACCUGGCUCGCCUGGCCAAGAAAGAUGUUCGUCACAGCCGGUCGAUCAUCAACAGCCUUCGGCCGAGUGGGUUUGAGAUAAAUAUCCUGAUAGCGCCGCCAAGUGAACCUCUCCUCUCAGCCUCAUACGAAGUAAUCGCACUUACCCAUGGUGCCCUAUUCCAGCAGGACAGCUCCGACUGAGAAGGCAAAUUCCAUUGUUAUGGGUACUUACCCACCAAUGGCUUUCAGUCUCAAUUUGCUUGUGCAGCGCUUUCUGAGGGGCAAGUUCCGCGGAAUGCUUUGGGCCCAAGUCGAAGUCCUUCGUAUUGACUUCUUCGUAUUGACAUACCCACUUCCUUCUCGAAGGAUGAGCUUGUGAUUCGCCGUUUGACUUUGAGAAUUACCUCACCAUAGACGGGUAGACGGGCGGGUAGCACCCUGUUUCAACCCUUCUUACCCGCCAUCACUUUGCGAAAGGAUUCUGUACAACCAACCAUCCACCUCAACUCAUCACGGUAGAAGUACAAUCCAUACGAUCGCCCAAACCCCCAUCAAAGCACUCAGAAGAUCCCUCGCAAAACCUAUGCGAACCCUCAAAUUCCAAAAUGGAAAAACGGGGUAGGUAGACAACGCACCCUUGGCAUUGAGGAUGGACAUUCAAAAUAGCCCAGGCGGUGCUGGUACAACUACGGGAUCUCCAACCAUGAGACCCAAACACCACCCACCCCUAUCCUCACGAUGGGGGUGGUAUGGUAUGCGAAAAAAAGCCCGCGUGGGAUGGGGGAAUAAGUACCUGCAUCGCACCCCAGGUUCCAAAAAAGAAGUUUUCCUUUCGAAAAGUUGAAAUGCUCUUCGUCGAUCUUCGUGUCGGGAAUCCGUCCAUUUUCGCUUCAGGAACCACGGGGUUUAUCAAACUCUUGUGGACUGGUUCCACUACUUUCGUUUAUCGCUCUUGAAUAUUCAGACCAUUUUAUUCUCUUCUUCUCUGUGUGUAAGGUGCUUUUUGUUUGGAAGAGACAGGUUUGGUGCACGUGGAUAUGCGUUUCGUUGUAGCGAAUGUUUUAUUGUUAUGCGUUAGUGGUGUAUUUGCGGUUCCAGUGGAGGUUGUAAAUGUUCUCUCUGGUAGAGGUUUGUUGGGAUCUCCCUCUUGGAUGAUAGGACCAAUGCUGAUUUCUUCUAGCUGUUGACGAUGCUUUAUUUUCACAGCUGGAAUUCUUUUCUCAGUUCGCUGCCGCUGCGUAUUGUUUUGAUAACGUCAAUGGAGCGGGAAAGCCAUUGAGUUGUAAAUCCGGAGGCGGAAGCUGUGCUACCAUCGAAGCACACAAAACCAACAUCACCUGGACAUUCGAAGCGUAGGUUGCCCCUCUGCUUGCCACGAACCAGCUUGCUAAUCAGAUCAGUGGUUACUCCAACACAAGAGGCUAUGUAGCCGUCGACGACACCAACAAAGUCGUCGUCGGUUCCUUCCAAGGAACCAAACCCGGCGACAACAACAUCGAAGACCUCAUGACCGACUUCGACAUCAAAGGAGUAAAAACCGACCUCUGCGGCACCGCCAACACAAGCGACGGCUGCCUCGCCCACCAAGGCUUCUACGAAGCCGCCAAAGACGCCAGCGGGCCCGUCACCGUCGCCAUAAAAGAGGUCCUGGAAAAACACCCCGAGUACCGCGUCGUCAUGAGUGGCCACUCCCUCGGCGCCGCCCUCGCAGCGCUGGUCGGAACCAUGAUGCGCAACGAGGGAAUGGUAGUAGACAUCUACACGUACGGACAACCCCACCUAGGAACGCAGGACCUCUCCCUCUCCAUCCAAAACCAAGCACCCAAACUCGGGAACAACUUCCGCGUCACGCACUUCGACGAUGCCGUGCCCAAAUUACCCCCGCACAAGUUCGGGGGGUGGGACCACUACUUCCCGGAAUUCUUCAUUGAUAAGAAUAAAGGGACGCCUGAUGCCUCGAGCCUGAGACGCGUGGAUGCGACCCUCUUCACGAAAGAUGGAAAUGAGGGGGCGGGGAAGAGUAAGUUUGGGGCGUUGGGGAGGUUGCUGGGGGGUGUUGAUGCGCAUAAAUUGUAUUUUGGGCCGAUUUCGAAGUGUGAGUCUUCGCCGCCUGGGGAGGAGCGGGAGAAGUUUUUUUAG